AUGGCAUUUAGCCAUGGCGUCGCGGCAUCGGACUCUGAGAAACAGCUUCUGAUGCCACCGAGUUCAGCACACGAGCCGAACCUACUACGGUCAAACCGUGUAACCCUGAUUGUCAAGAUCGCCAUCACAACCACAGCUGCAAUUUUAUACUUGGCUAUCUUCUUUCCUGCGCUAAGACCUUGUAUCCCUCCCAGCUCGUGGAGGUCCACGUCCCCCGCGGUCACAUUUAGUGAUGACGGCGGCGCGAACUUCGGUGCCGUAGCGAGUGAAAGCUCGAUAUGCAGUACAGCUGGAAUUGAUAUGUUGAAAAAGGGAGGAAAUGCUGCGGAUGCUAUGGUUGCAACAGUUUUCUGUGUUGGGGUAAUCGGCAUGUAUCAUAGUGGAAUUGGAGGCGGUGGGUUUGCGCUUAUCAGGUCGCCUGAUGGUACCUAUGAACAUGUCGAUUUUCGGGAAACUGCGCCGGCAGCAGCAUUUCAAGAUAUGUUUAAUGGUAAUAAACAGGCCUCCGUUGUCGGUGGACUAGCUAGUGGCGUUCCCGGCGAGAUUCGUGGCUUGGAAUACAUACACAAAAAGUACGGCACCUUAGAAUGGUCGACACUCCUUCAACCUGCUAUUAGAGUUGCUCGAGACGGGUUUUCCAUAACGGCAGACUUGGCUCGCGCCAUCAAUGCAAGUCUGGUCAACCACCCUGAUUUUCUAAGAACCGACCCGUCAUGGUCUCUAGACUUUGCGCCAAAUGGCACUUUAUUGGGACUUGGAGACACGAUCUAUCGAAAACGCUAUGCCAACACCCUUGAGAAAAUUGCAGCUGAAGGACCAGAUGCAUUUUAUAGUGGCUCUAUUGCUGAAACAACGAUCCAAGCAACACAGGAAGCCAACGGAACAAUGACGUUGGAGGAUCUCCAACGCUAUGAGGUCAUGAUUCGCGAUACUAAAGAAAUAGACUAUCGGGGAUAUAAGAUUACCAGCACAUCGGCUCCGUCUAGUGGAACUGUUGGGUUGAGCAUAUUGAAAAUCUUGGAAGGUUACAGUGAUUUCUUUCACCCAGAGACUACACACCUGAGCACCCAUAGACUUGAUGAAGCCAUGAGGUUUGCGUAUGGCCAGAGAACAACUUUCGGUGAUCCAUCAUUCUUACCAGGCUUGCAUCAACGUGAGGAAGACAUGUUGAAUGACACCGUUGUCUCCGCAAUUCGUAGCCGGAUUUCUGAUUUCCAUACCCAAAAUAUUUCAUCCUAUAAUCCGGAUGGCCUUGAGAGUCUGGACACACCGGGAACCUCGCAUGUCUCGACUGCAGAUCACUCUGGGCUUGCAUUGUCUUUGACGACCACAAUCAAUCUCUUUUUUGGUAAUUUGAUCAUGGUUCCAGAGACGGGCAUUAUCAUGAAUAAUGAAAUGAACGACUUCUCCAUACCUGGUGCUUCAAACGAGUUUGGCUACGCUCCUUCACCUUCAAACUAUGUCCAGCCAGGAAAGCGGCCACUAUCUUCUAUAACCCCGAUGAUCGUGGAGAACGCAGACGGCUCACUCUAUUUCGUCACCGGCGCUGCUGGCGGCAGUCGUAUUAUUACAGCAACAGUUCAAAGCGUCAUCAACCUGAUUGACAGAGGAAUGACUCCAUUACAGGCACUUUCACAGCCCCGCCUGCACGAUCAGUUAAUCCCAAAUGUGGCCGCUAUGGAGCCCGAUUUUGACCAGGAAACCAUUCAAUUUAUGCGAGAUCGAGGCCAUAAUGUCACCGAGUUGAUUGUGGGUGCAAGUUCCGCACAAUGUAUUCGGCUGUUAUCGAAUGGUACCUUUGAAGCUGCUGGUGAACCAAGGCAGAAAAACUCCGGAGGCUUUGCUAUAUAG